AUGGGAGAAGUUCAAAAGGGGUUUUUCUCAAUCCUACAGAAAUUAAAAGGAACCACAGAGCAGGAACUUCGGAUAGUCCUUCUGGGUCUAGACAACGCUGGCAAAACAACGCUGCUAAAACAGCUUUCAUCCGAGGAUGUCAACACCAUUACUCCUACACAGGGCUUCAACAUUAAGAGUCUCACGUCUCACGGAAUGAAACUGAACGUGUGGGACAUUGGAGGACAGAGGAAGAUUCGACCCUUCUGGAAGAAAUAUUUGGAAAACACAGAUUUGUUGAUAUAUGUCAUAGAUAGUGCAGACAAGAAGCGGUUUGAAGAAACUGGACUGGAGCUGUCAGAACUGAUCGUUGACGAGAACCUGAAGGGGGUUCCAGUGCUUAUCUUUGCCAACAAGCAGGACCUGGCCACGGCCUCGCCUGCCAGCGAAAUUGCAGAGGGCUUGAACCUGCACACGUACCGCGACCGGGCGUGGCAGAUCCAGGCCUGCUCCGCUUUCUCUGGAGAGGGAGUACAGGACGGCAUGAACUGGAUUUCGGACACCAUUGCGAAUAGGAAGAAAGCUGACUAA